GCGCAAUAUAACUCGGGCCUUGAAGUGGUUGGUGGGCGGGAUGCAAGCCGGCGAUUGUCUCGUCUUCUAUUACUCUGGCCAUGGGAUCCAAGUCAAAGAUCUGGACGGCGACGAAUUAGACGGCUACGAUGAAGCGCUCGUACCGGUGGAUUUUGAGAAAUCGGGAGUCAUGCUGGAUGACGAAAUUAAUCAACUGAUUGUUAGACCCCUUAUCAAGGGUGUAAGGCUGCAUGCGAUUAUCGAUGCCUGCCACAGUGGGACUAUGCUCGAUUUGCCUUAUCUCUGCAAAGUCAGCAGACUCACAGGGAGCGUUUCGUGGGAAGAUCAGAAGCCAAGAGAUCGCCAGACUACUUCGAAAUCGACAAGUGGUGGCAAAGCAUUCUGUUUCAGUGGUUGCCGGGACCACCAAAGAUCCACAGAGCUCAAGUUGGGUGAUACGGGUGAAACCUCAGGCGCACUCACGUACCACUUCAUACAGGCAAUUGAGAAAGGGCAGGCCAGGACCUACAAAAGUUUGUUGGCAGCAAUUCGACAAGGAAUUCGAUGGGAUGAGAGAAUGACAGUUCUGGCAGUGCUAUUCAGCCCAAAGCAAUUGCGAGACAAAGACGGUCGAUUUGUGGGAAACCGAAUCGACGUUUCCAGCUGCUCGGAGCUCGAGGAAGCGGCGAUCAAGUCCAAGUCAGAUUUGCGCCUUGCUCCUGCAAAGAACAGUGCGAAGAACAUUGCGAAGAAGCCUCGUGAUCUGGAUGUCCAAGGGGAGAUGAGCGCUGCAGACAGAAGGCAGUCGUCCUGCAGUUCGCCAUUGGCGCCAAUCGCCGAAGACGAUUGCGAAGGGACGAAGAAGGCCAAGCGCAAACCAUUUUACAAGGCAGUGUAUAAUGCCUUCCAGUACUCACUCCACAUACCGCGACGAGGGUCGAGGGAUAGUUCAGAGCCGGAUUCAAAAGAGUUCGAUCCUGACUGUCGUACUCCAGUGCCUGCGGCGGAUCAAGGGAGUAGUUACACGACGACGGACAAGGGAGAGCAAAGGACGCAGGGGAAUGUUUUGAACCGUCCACCUUCUCCUUUUGAGUUUGGGAGCAGUGCGUUCAGACCUCCUCCUUUUGAAGAUGAGGACAGCCCAGCAAUUACGGCGCCGCAGCAGAGACCUUCUGUUGUUGUAUCAGACGCUUAUCGAGGAGUUUGUCCGGAGCAGGUCAGUGCGGCCCAGAUCGCCUGCGACAGAAGCAAGGAGGAAAACGGUGAAGAGAAAAAGAAGUUGAGAAAGAAAGAAGAGCGAGAAGGCUGGGUAGCCCACGACAAAGUGUGGCCAUCACGAGCCGUUGUCGGCGAACAUUGUGGGCUUGAUUUGAUUGGGACAGGCAGUUGGGAGGCUAGAGGGAGAGAGAGUGAGGUGGCAGAAAACGGUGAAGUCUCAGCAGACGGCCAGACUACGGCAGGGAAUUUAGAUUAUAGAUUGGAUGAGGAGAAGAGAACCGCAGAGGAGAAUGAGGAGGAGACAGGGGAGGAGGGGAGAGAGGUGGAGCAGGAGGAAGAUGAGGAUGUGUGGGAAAGCGGAGAGGAAUCAAGCAACGGCGAGUCGGCUGAUGAAAUCACAUUCACUGAAGGUAAUGAUAGGGAUUUUGGGGGCAUGAGAGCAGGACGAGAGACAGAUGACGGUGCUCGUGACUCUGACUUUGACGACGAAACGUUCACUUCAGAAGCGACGACGGGUGAUGGAGAGGAGGAGGAGGAGGAGUUGCAUUGGAAAGACCAGUUGGAAGAGUUUGAAGAUGUCAUCCGUAAGAGUGGCUUGCUCACCCCAGCAGAGUGCAGCAGUUUCAUCGACUACGACGAAGAAUCGAACACUGUCGAGUGGGGGGAACAGCUAGAGGCACUUGAGGAGGUGGUGCGGAAGAGCGGAUUGCUCGUUCCGCCGCCGUCCUCCACGGGUGAUGCAGGAUGGGAUGCCACCGACGAGGGAUGGGAGGAGAAGAUUGAUCACCUGGAAGAGCAAGUGCUGAAAAGCGGCCUUUUGGAGGAGAUCCAAGACAAGGUUCGAAAAAGCGGGCUACUCACACAAAGGGUAAGUAUGGGAGGCCUGGUGGAUGAAUCCGGGGAGCUACGGAAGGGGCCCAAGAGCGGCGCACUCUCACAAAGAGGGACGCUGCCAAGAAGUGGCGUGCUGCUGCCGCAAAGUGGGGCCCUCCAGGGCAGUGGAAUGCUGCUGCCAGGAAGCGGAAUGCUAGUGCGGAGGGAGAGCUUAAGGGCAUCAUAUGAUUCGUCGGGAGUGCUGCACAUUCACACCGAACCUUAUGUACCUGACGAAGAAAGGGCUGCGAAUGAAGGCGAUCAUGGAGAGGGUGAAUCACAAUCGCCCCGUCGGGUGAGCAGGAUAACCUUGCUGCUCAAUGCAAUUUAUGAAGUGUUUGGUGGUUCAAGGACAGGUAAUAGUCCACGUAAAGAAGAGAAUGCACACAAGAAGCCAAACGGUGAGAAUCGUGACCAAAAGGAUGGGAAAGAGAGGAGGAGUGCAGCCUCAGCAUUGGCUCAAUGGUUGGCUAGCAUCGUGUACCGUGGACAGAAGAAGAUUCAUAAACGAAAGCGGCGCAAGUACUUGAGACUAGCUCUCUUUCCCAGUCAGGUGCCCCAGCUCAGCGCUUCUUGUCGAUUCAGGCCUUCCAGGGAAGAUUACACCUGCAGCAGAUCGCUUAUUCGUGAUGUCGUCAGAGAUUACACCUGCAGCGGAUCGCUUAUUCGUGAUGUCGUCAGAGAUUACGGCCGUGGCAAACAGGGGAUCGUACGUGUUCUGCGACGGCUCUUCCUGAACCAUCAGGCGGUCGAUUGCAGGGAUGAACAGUGGAUCUGUCAGAUUCCUUCAUGGUCCGCCUUCCGGUGGUUUUGCUACGGAAAACUGACCAAGUGCAGAAUGUAUCACGAAUACAUCACGAAAACAUCUGACGGAUGUACAAGAAGAUAGUUUGAUGCUUCGUUCGUUUCGGGAUGUCGUCCGAGAUGAUGGCUGACGGCAACGAAUACAGCGGAUCGCUUCUGAUCAGAAGUCUGUCUCCAAGCGGAGUCGGUCGUGGGUUGGUUCUUGACGCCUUUUCGGUGAUGCUGCUAUCGAAUGCUGACCAAGUGGAGAAAGCAUGAGAUACUGAACGUUUCGAUCAUUCGGUUUCGAUGUCUUCGGAGAUGCUGGCUGGAUGCAAUAAACAGCAGAUCGCUUCUUUUGGAAGUUGGUCUCGUCUGCACAAGGAUAUCGAUCGGUCGGUUGUGGGAAGUCUGUACAAGGAACCGGUUGGUUGUUGCACGGAAAUUUGUCCGUGCGCGGAAUCGGUCGGGUUCGAUGAAGUUUGUCUCCACGUGGAAUCGGUCGGUCGCCGUGGAAUCGAUGCGGCCUUCAAUUGUGUUCAGCAGGAGGUUGGAAGAUGGUUCCCAUCUUAGCCCAAUUGCUCUGCAAUCUGUGCCUGAGUCAUUGAGCCUUCAUAAGUUCAUAGACUGCAGUCAAACUUUACUAUGCCUUUGUAAAACUGUUUUUUUUUUUUUUUUUUUUUUUUUUUUUUUUUUUUUAAAUGGGUGCGACAAUCCCUUCUUCUCCAAGACGGUGGUGGUAAGAGAAGCACCGGAAUUGGCUUUGCCGCCGUAAAACGAGGAUUACAUCCGUUUCAUAAAGGCUCCUCUUCGUCCUCGGAUGUGAUGUCACUUCCAAAUGCUAGUUAGUUAGGUCUGGGCAAAAAAAAAAAAAAAAAAAAAAAAGGGUUUGACCGUGCCGCUCGUGAACACUAACCGUGUGGAAAGCAACAGGCUGUGGGUGCGUAGGAGAAUGAUUGGAGUAGUUUAGGGAAGCAGAGACGUACUCGUCAUUUGGCUUAUUAGGUUGAUCUUUCAUUUGCUAGUGUGGUCAAGAUGCUGUGCAGUGUAAACAAAUAGUCACCAACGAG